AUGCCACCCCACGCAGGGAUGUUUGUGGGUCUCUGGCUGCUGCUGGCUCCUAGUCUCGCCGAGCCUCCCCCCAGCACUGGGGGGGCCACCCUGGCCUUUGUCUUCGAUGUCACCGGCUCCAUGUACGACGACCUGGUGCAGGUGAUGGACGGGGCCUCGCGCAUCCUGGAGCGGACGCUCAGCAGGAGCAUGAAGCCCAUCAGCAACUAUGCGCUGGUCCCCUUCCACGACCCAGAGGUGGGACCCGCCACCCUCACUGCGGACCCCUGGCUCUUCCAGCAGCGCCUGCGGGAGCUCCAUGUCCAGGGUGGAGGGGACUGCCCGGAGAUGAGCGUGGGAGCCAUCAGGCUGGCCGUGGAGGUCUCACACCCUGGCUCCUUCAUCUAUGUCUUCUCGGAUGCUCGGGCCAAGGACUACGAGCAGCAGGAGGAGCUGCUGCGGCUGCUGCAGCACAAGCAGACCCAGGUGGUAUUUGUGCUGACGGGGGACUGCGGGGACAGGAGCCACCCCGGGUACCGAGUGUAUGAGCGCAUCGCAGCCACCAGCUCCGGGCAGAUCUUCCACCUGGACAAGCAGCAGGUGACAGAGGUGCUGAAGUGGGUGGAAGAGGCCAUCCAGGCUUCCAAAGUCCACUUACUGUCCACGGACCACGAGGAUGGCGGGGAGCACACGUGGGCCAUCCCCUUCGACCCUAGCCUGAAGGAGGUCACCAUCUCCUUGAGUGGCCCUGCCCCAGGGAUCGAGGUCCGGGAUCCAGCAGGAAAGGUGCUUGAGAAAGGCCAAGGCCUGAAGGAACUGCUCAUCAUCCCCAACUCAGCCAUGGUGGUGGCCGUGGAGCCCCACAAGCCAGGGACAUGGUUGGUCACGACCCAGAGCAGCGGCCGCCACUCACUGAGGAUCACGGGCAUCAGCAACAUUAAUUUUCAAGCCAGUUUCUCCACCCAGCCAGACUUUGAUGCCAGCCAGCUGGGGGAGCGGCCGGUGCAGGGUCUGCCCAUCUCUGUGGUGGUGAACUGCACUGGUCUCAAGCCACCUGGGCACUUGCAGGAGAUCAAGCUCCUCAACACCUCUGGGCAUGCCCUCCUCUCGCUGCCCGCGCAGCCCCUCUCCAACACCUCGGGGCAGCUCUGGGUGGGCUGGCUGCUCCAUGUCCCCCCGGGUGACUUUUUGCUGAAGGUGAAGGGUGAAGAUGCCCAGGGCCACCCCCUGCACCGCCUCUCUGGGGUCACCUACACCAGCGUGGUCCCUGGUCUACCCAAAGUGAACAUCUCCAGCAAGAUCCAGGCUUACAACCAUGAGCCUCAGCUGAUCUCCUGCUCCGCACAAAGCGAGGUCCCUUUCCGCCUGCAGCUCAGCCGGGGUAGGAUGAAGCUCGGGGAAGAGCGGCUUUUCAGGAAUUCAGGGAACAUCAGCUGGUUGAUCCCUGCAGUGUCCAAGACUGAUGAAGGGUUUUAUGAGUGCACGGCCACGAGCAUGGUCGGGGCAACGCGAGCUCGUGCCUACGUCUCUGUCUCAGAGCCACCACCACGUCUCGUAGCCCCAGGCAACAUCACGGCUUCACCGGGCCAAGACGUGGUCAUGUCCUGCGUGGUUCUGGGCGACGUGCCCUACAACCUGACGUGGAGCUGGGACGGGAAGACAGCACAGCCAGGGGAUGGCCGGACCAGGCUGCUACAGAACCGCUCACUGGAGAUCAGCCACGUGCAGCCGGGGGACGGGGGCCUGUACGAGUGCAUAGCACGCAGCGCCCACGGCACCGCCACCGCCUCCCUCUGGCUCUUCGUCCAGGAGGCACCAUGGGUGAAGGUCGACGCCAGCCCCCAGCGUUUCAGUAGGGGCCAGGACCUGCAGCUGAACUGCACGGCCGGGGGCCACCCCCCGCCCCACACCACCUGGAAGCACUGGGGCUGGGCGCUGGAGCAGGGAGAGAGGGUUUUCAUGGAUGCUCAGGGCUCCCUGCACAUCAGGGCUGCCGUCCCAGAGGAUGCAGGGAAUUACAGCUGCUACGCCAGCAGUGCGCUGGGCUGGGACGAGCAAGCCAUCACCUUGGAGUUCGCCGAGCAUCCCGCCAUCCUGGCAGUGACGCCCAGCCUGAAGGCACUGGUGGGAGAAGACGUGACCCUGGAGUGCUGGGUUUCGGGGGUGCCCCCACCCCACAUCAUGUGGUACAAAGGCAAGCAGGUGGUGGCGGCAUUCCCACCCGGCACGCAGCGUGCCAUCCUGCGGCUGCAGGCGGUGCGGGAGGAGGAUGCGGGGCAGUACGUCUGCGAGGCUCUUGGCGAGUCCGGCAUCACCUUCGAAGGCACAGUGCUGGACGUGGGGUCUGCCCCUCACUUUCCUGAGCCCCUGGGGGAUGUGGCGGUUGAGGUCGGGGAGAGCGUGAGCCUGCUAUGCCGCGUCGAGGGCUCUCCUCCACCACGGAUUGCCUGGUCCCGGCAGGAUGGAAAGCCCGUGACGGGCCGGCAUGGGCCGCAUGGUGUUUCCAGCCAGCUGGAGGCUGCUGAGCUCCUCAUUGACAGUGCCUCACUGGAUGACCAGGCUGUCUACAUCUGUGAAGCCCAGAAUGAGUUUGGGAAAAUCCAAGCAGAGGUCAAGCUCACCGUCACUGGACACGCAGCCCCAGAAAUAGCUCUUGCAUCCCCUGUGGUCCGUGCGCUCCCAGGCCAGCCUGUGUCGCUGCCCUGUGUGAUCCUGGCCGGGAGGCCGUUCCCAGCCCGCCGCUGGCUGAAGGACGGGGAGCCGGUGAGGCUUCUGUGCCCACCAGGAUGCCGCUACUCCGUCCGGGCUGAUGGGAGCCUGCACGUGGACCAGGUGUCGCAGGGGGACGCGGGGAGGUACACCUGCGAGGUGACCAACGCCCUUGGCUCGCACAGGCAGGACAUGUCCCUGGUCAUCCACGUUCCUCCCAGCAUUGAGCUCGGCCCUGUCCUCAUCACCGCCACUGAGGGAGCGGCCAUUGCCCUGCGGUGCAAUGCCACCGGCGUGCCCCCCCCUACUGUCACCUGGGCAAAGGGCACAGAGCCCAUCUCCCUGAGCCCUCGCUACCACACAGAUCCUGAUGGGACCCUCCUAAUCCACUCACCCUCCCCUGAGGAUGCUGGGACCUACUUCUGCACAGCUACCAACAUGGCAGGCUUCUCCAGCCGGGAGACGCAGCUCUCCGUCAGCACAAAGCCCAGGAUCAGCGUGAAUGGAUCGCAGGCAUCAGACCCCAUAACCGUCCUGGCUGUGCUUGGGCAGGAGACCACCCUGCCCUGCGAGGUUCAAGGCUAUCCCCCUCCCUUGGUGGUGUGGACCCGGGAGUCCCAGCCGUUGCCUCUCACCACCAUGAGGUACAGCGUCCUCCCUUCAGGGUCCCUCCGGCUGGCCGAGCCCCAGGUGAUGGACACCGGCCUCUACACCUGCACGGCCACGAAUGUGGCGGGGAAUGCCUCGCUCAGCUACAGCCUGCGAGUCCAAGCUCCCCCUCAGCUGCUGAUCGGUGAUGGGGAAAGCCACCUGACGGCCGUCGCCAACAACUCCCUGAGGAUUCACUGUCGUGCCAUGGGCAUCCCUACACCCCAAAUCCAGUGGCUGAAAGAUGGUCACCCUCUGAGCGAACGGGACGGUGCAGUGGUGUCUGAGGAUGGUGGGACCCUGCUGAUCACUCGCGUGGGGCUCAGCCAUGAAGGGCUCUACAUCUGCCAGGGCAGCAGCUGGGCAGGGGUAGCCAAGGCAGAGGUACAGGUUUCAGUGCAAGUGCCCCCAAUCAUUGAGCCCAGUGCAGUGGACUUGGCUGUCGUGGAGAAUGGCACGGUGUCCCUGGAAUGCCUAGCCUCAGGGCUGCCUGCUCCUGACAUCGCCUGGUACAAGGGGCACAAACAGCUCUCGGCUGGACUGGGCCGGACACUGUCCAGGGAUGGGAAGCACCUGGAGAUCCAGCGUGCCCAGCUCUCUGACGCUGGCAGCUACCGCUGCGUGGCCUCCAACGUGGCUGGUGUCACUGAGCUCUGGUACAGCCUGCAGGUGACUGAGCCCCCGCGGAUCACAGCUGGCCCCAGCCCCCUCACAGUGGUGGUGAAUGAGCCAGUGAUGCUGGAGUGUGAUGCCACAGGGACCCCAGCUCCACUGCUGCUGUGGCUGAAGGACGGCAAUCCGGUGCCCAGCGUGGUGGCAGGUGGCCUGCAGAUCCUCUCUGGCGGGCGCAUGCUGUCCCUGCCUGCCGCUCACCUCCAGGACUCGGGGACGUACACGUGUGUAGCCAGCAGUGCCGUGGGGGAGGACAGACGUGAGGCUGCCCUCGAGGUGCGGUUGCCCUCCACUGCCCUGGGUGAGGAGGAGAAUGUUUCUGUCAUCGUCAACCAGCCCGUGACCCUGGAGUGCCUGGCCCCUGGGGUCCCCCCUCAGGGGUCCCGCUGGCUGAAGGACGGGAGCUUGCUCACACCAAAGCUGGGUGUGCAGCUGUCUGUGGAGGGGACCAUGCUCCAGAUCGGGCGAGCCACCGCGCAGGAUGCGGGCAGGUACACGUGCCAGGCGCCCGGCCGCCCGGAGAAACACUACAACCUUGAUGUGUGGGUGCCCCCAUCCUUCUCCUCGGCAGAGCCUGCCACCAUGUCUGUGCUGGAGGGGCAGUCCGUCAGGCUGGCCUGCGAGUGCCAUGGGAUCCCCUUCCCCAACCUGAGCUGGUGGAAGGACGGCAAGCCCCUCUCCACCCAGCCUGGGAGCCCAAAGCUAGUGUCCACAGGAGGAAGCAUGCUGUACAUCGAGGAGGUACGGCUGGUGGACAAGGGGACAUACACCUGUGAGUGCAGGAAUGCCGCUGGCAGCAGCAGCAAGGAGCAUCGCCUGGAGGUGAAUGUGCCGCCAGAGAACCAGGGCGGCAGCAAAGCCCCAAGAAAGGUUUCUGUCAUCAAGGCUGGUGAGACGGUUUUGGAGUGUGAGGCCACAGGGACGCCGCUGCCCACGGUGACGUGGAUGAAGGACGGGCAGCCUGUGGCCAGCGGGGACGGGCUUCUGCUUACGGAGCAGGGCAGGCGGCUGCGCAUCCCCAAGGCGGAGGUGGCCCAUGCAGGACGCUACUCUUGCCUGGUGGCAAAUGCGGCGGGGCAGGAGCGGAGAGAGUUUGACGUUGCGGUUCAUGUUCCUCCCGAGUUCAUUCAAGGCUCAGGAUCAACAACUAAUGUCAGUGUGUCUCUGCACGGAGCCCUGAUGCUGACUUGUGAGGCCACGGGCGUUCCCCUGCCCAUGGUUACCUGGUCCUGGGAUGGAUCUCCCGUCACCCCCAGUGAGCACAUGCAAGUGCUUUCAGGGGGCUGGCUGCUGAGGCUUACCCGUGCACGAGCCCAGGAUGGUGGCCACUAUUCCUGCCUGGCCAGCAAUGUAGCUGGGGAGGCCAGGAGGCAUUUCCAUGUGGAGGUCCUAGUUCCUCCCCACAUUGAGAACGCAGGCAAAGAAGAGGCCAUCAAAGUGCCUGAAGGCCACCCUGUCACCUGGUCCUGCCUGGCUGCGGGCAACCCCCAGCCGAAGAUCACCUGGCUGAAAGACGGUCACCCUCUGCCCAGUGGAGUCACCUUCUCCAUCUCCGCUGAUGGCUCCAUGCUCCAUGUCCCCCGAGCCUCCCUGUCUGACACUGGCCGCUAUUCCUGCGUGGCCUCCAGCUCUGUGGGGAAUCAAACCAAGCACUACCUGCUAGAUGUUUUGGCCGGUCCUACCUUUGCUGGAGGUGAUCAUGAUGCUGCAGCAGAAGAAGUCACAGUGAUCAUCAACAACCCCAUCUCCCUGGUCUGUGAGGCUCUGGCAUACUCGUCUCCCAACAUCACCUGGCUCAAGGACAAGGUUCCCCUCAAAGCAUCCAGAAACAUCCACCUACUCCCUGGUGGCCAUGGGCUGCAGAUCCUGAAUGCCCAGGAAGAGGACACAGGCACGUACAGCUGCAUCGUGGCCGAUGAGGCUGGGGAGGCUGUGAAGAACUACGCCGUGAAGGUUCUGGUUCCUCCUUGGAUUGCCAGAGAUGACCCUUUGGGGGAAUUUGCCAUGAAAGAGGUAAAAGCCAAGGUCAACAGCACAGUGACACUGGAGUGUGAGACCUGGGCUGUGCCCGAGCCAACCAUCCUGUGGUACAAGGACAAGCAGCUCCUGGAAAGUGCUGGCCACCUCCAGAUCCUGAAUGAGGGGCAGGUCCUUCAGAUCAAACCAGCCGGCAUCUCAGAUUCAGGCCACUACACCUGUGUGGCCACCAACGCCGUGGGCGAAGAUGACAGGGACUUCAUCGUCCAUGUCCAAGUGCCGCCCCUCUUCCAGCAGCAGAUAAGCCCCAACGAAGCCCUUGAGAUCUUCUACCGGGAGGAAGACCGGGAUGGGGAGGUGACGGAGCGCCGGCAGGCCAUCCUCGGCCAGCCCACUGCGCUCUACUGUGACACCAGUGCCAUCCCACCCCCCCGGCUCACCUGGUACAAGGAUGGGGAGCCCCUGUACCCCAGUCCAGGGGUGCUGCUGCUGCUAGGGGGCCGGGUGCUGCAGCUGCCUGCGGUGCGGGAGGAGGAUGCAGGCAGGUACACCUGCGAGGCAGCCAACGCGGCGGGACAGGACCGCCUGCACUACGAGCUGGAGGUGCUGACCUCCCCAGCCAUCCAUGGUGGCACAGGGGACCUGGCUGAGGAGGUGACAGCCACCGUCAAUGGCUCCGUCCGCUUCAAGUGUGAAGCCACGGGGCACCCAGUGCCCACGGUGUCCUGGCUCUGGAACGAUAUCCCCAUUGUGACCAGCCCACGGCACCAGCUCCUGGAGGGUGGCACAGUCCUGCAGGUGGCGGCAGUGGAGGUGGGUGACACUGGCAGUUACACGUGCGUGGCUGAGAACCCAGCUGGGUCAGCUGAGAAGCACUUUGCCCUCACCGUGCAGGGUAAGGCAACACCAGCAACCCUGCCCUGGGUUGCUGAUUUACCCCUCCCCACCCCCUCCUCUGCCUGCUGGAGUCUUCCGUGGCUCCUGAACUGUGUGGCUGCCUCCGUGCCCCUGUGCUUGUCACGCAUGCCCCGUGCAAGGAGGUCGUGGUGCCAGCACACUCCAAGCAGGCGAGAUGCUGAGUGCACAUUUCCUCCUGGGGAGAGCUCGGCCUCCACGGUGAUGGUUCCCCUCCUGUACUGUCUUUUGUGAUGUACCGGAGCAGAAGCACCCUGGAUCAUGGGCGCAAACCCCGAAAGCAUCGACAGCAUUGUCAACAGCAGCGUCUCGCUGGCAUGUGAUGUCCAAUCCCACGCCACUGCGGAGAUCGCCUGGUAUAAGGAUGGCCAUGUCCUGCAGCUCGGUGAGGAGGUCGCUGUCACCCCAGGCUCGCGUGUGCUACACCUUCCUCACCUGCAGCUUUCCAGCUCGGGCACGUACACAUGCGUGGCACUGAAUGCGGCUGGCCAGAACGAGAAGCACUUCAUCCUCACUGUCCAUGGGCCCCCCGGCACUGAGGACCCACAGCAGGAGACACUGGAUGCUGACAUGGGGAGCCCCCUUGUCCUGACCUGCCAAGUCACUGGUGUGCCUGCGCCCACCGUCACCUGGCUGAAGGAUGGGAGCCCGCUGGAGACCAGCCCAGAGCAGGGCCUGGUGUCUGGAGGGGGGCAGCUCCAGCUCAGCCCCCUGCAGCCCUUCCACCAGGGCCGAUACACCUGCCUGGUACGGGGCCCAGGUGCCGAGAUGCGCAAGGACUUCAUGGUGCUGGUGCGAGUGGCUCCCCGGAUUGCCAGCACGGGGGUCCCCAAUGAGCACAGCGUGCUGGAGGGCGGAAGGGUGAGGCUGGAGUGCCAGGUGGCGGGGCAGCCCACCCCCCAGAUCUCCUGGCUGAAGGAUGGGCAGCCUCUGGGGCUGCAGCCCCCUUCACGUGCCCGGAUGUCCCCGGAUGGCAGCUCCCUGCUCCUCGAGGGGCUCCAAGCCGCCGAUGCAGGAGCAUACACCUGCCUGGCCAGAAACAGCGCAGGCGAAGACACGCUGCUGCACACACUGAGUGUGCUGGUCCCCCCUGCCAUUGAGAGAGGCACCGACGACUCGGAGGUGGUCCGUGGCAUCCUGUUCACAGCAGUGACACUGGAGUGCCGGGCACGGGGGUCCCCUCCCCUGCACAUGAGCUGGCUGAAGGACGGGCUGCCCCUGCGCCUGUCCCCCCGCAUCACCCUGCUCUCAGCUGGGCACGUCCUCCGGAUCUCCCAGGCACAGGUCUCUGACGCCGGGCUCUACACCUGCAUCGCCUCCAGCCAGGCAGGGGUGGCUGAUCGCAGCUUCGUCCUGCAGAUACGGGUUCCCCCCAUCUUGGAGAGCCCAGAGAGCAUCGAGGAGCAGAUGGUGGCUGAGGGCUCCGACGUCACCUUCACCUGUGAAGCCACCGGGUCCCCAGCACCGGUGGUGACCUGGCUGAAGGACGGCAAGCCCCUGGCACAACAGAUCAAUGUGAUGCCAGGUGGCCCACAGCUGAGCCUGGUGGCCGUGGGGCUAGGCGACGCAGGGGUGUACUCCUGCCUGGUGGUAAACGAGGUGGGGGAGGCCAGCAAAGCCUUCCACCUCCUGGUGAUGGAGACGCCCCGAGUUGAGGCUGCGCCUCAUCCCACCGAGAUGUCAAUUGCUGUGGGCACCCCGCUAGAGCUGACGUGUGUGGUGACGGGCGUCCCCAUGCCCACUGUAACCUGGGAGAAGGACGGAAGGCUGCUGGCAGGGCCCUGGCUUGUGUCAGGGAACGAGAGCACCCUCUACAUCAAGACCACUAAGACGGCUGACGCUGGCUUGUACACCUGCCUGGCCACCAACCCCGCUGGGGAGGACAGCAGGAGCUUCCAUGUUAGCAUCCAAGCACCUCUCAGCAUCACGAGUGUUGGAGAGACCCACAGCAUAACUGCUGUGGCAGGGGGGCAUCUCAUCCUGGAGUGCCCUGAGGAUGCCGUGCCACCCCCCCACAUCGAGUGGCACUGGGAGGGCUCCCCACUGCGGGAGGAUGCCCGCAGGCAGGUCCUGGCCGAGGGGCGCUUCCUGCAGAUCCAGGCCGUGGGGGCGGCGGACGGCGGGGAGUACAGCUGCAGGGCCACCAGCGCGCUCGGGGACACCAGCCUGCGUGUCCGGGUGGAGGUUCACGUGGCCCCGGAGAUCCAACCGGGCCCUGAGGAGGCGAGGGCGCUGCUGAAUGGCUCAGCAGUGCUGCCGUGCCAGGCAGAGGGGUGGCCCGUGCCCCGGGUGACAUGGUGGAAGGACGGCCGGCUCCUGCCUCUCCGUGGGAGCAAUAGGCUGCAGCUCCUGCCAGGCGGCUCUUUGCACAUCGACCCCAUUCAGGUCCAGGAUUCAGGCUAUUACCUCUGCAUGGCAUCCAGCCCUGUUGGCUCUGACCGGCGAGUCCUGGACCUCCGCGUCCUGGUCCCUCCCGCCAUCGCCCCUGGGCCCUCCAAUCUCACCUUGCUGGCUCAGCAGCCGGCUGCGCUGGGCUGCGACACCUGGGGAUCCCCAGAGCCCCACGUCAGGUGGGAGAAGGAUGGUCACCCUCUGAACCCACACCUCCCGCCUGGCGCCUACAGCUUGCAGUCCUCAGGGUCACUGCUCAUCACCAGCCCCGGUCCCCGGGAUGAGGGGCUGUUUGAGUGCAUCGCCACCAACGCCGCUGGAGAGGCACGCAAGGUCUUCCUCGUGUCUGUCCAUGUGCCCCCCACCAUUGCCGAUGACCUUACAGACGUGGUUGUCACCCGGCUGUCCCCUGCAGUCCUCACCUGCUAUGCCUCUGGUGUUCCCCCACCCACAGUGUCAUGGAGCAAGGAGGGGGCUCAGCUGGGCAGACGAGGAGGGGGCUACCGUGUCCUGCCCACAGGGGCCCUGGAGAUCAGGCAGGUGCUGCCUGCACAUGCUGGCCGCUACACCUGCACGGCGAGGAGCGCUGCUGGCACAGCCCGAAAACACCUCCGGCUCGCAGUGCACGAGCCCCCUGCCUUGAAGCCCCUGCCCGGCAUGGUGAUGGUGAUGGUGAACACCAGCGCGGUGCUGCCCUGCGAGGCGACCGGGAUCCCCCGGCCGGAGCUCACUUGGCAGAAGGAUGGUGUCAGCAUUGCUGGGGGGCCUGGGGUGAAGGUGCUCCCCAACGGGCAGCUGCAUCUCCUCCGGGCCUCCCCAGGGGACGCGGGCACCUACCUGUGCAUGGCUCGCAACCCCUCAGGCACCGCUGCAGGGAGGACCAGGCUGAUCGUGCAAGUGCCCCCCGUCAUCACAGCCGGCCCAGUGGAGCUGGCUGUCCUGGAGGGGCUGGAGGUGCUGCUGCCCUGCGCCGCCCGCGGCGUCCCCGAGCCUCGCGUGUCCUGGAGCCGGGAGGGAGCCCCGGUACAGAGCGGCGGGGGGAAGGCCACCGUCCUGCCCUCAGGGGAGCUGCUGCUCCGGGACGUCCAGGAAGGGGAUGCAGGGAGCUAUUCCUGCACGGCAGUGAACUCAGCCGGGAGGGCUGUCCGCUGGCUUUCCCUCUCCGUCCACACCCUGCCCACCUUCACCCACCUGCCCGAGGAUGUCACCCUGAGCUGGGGUGAGAGGCUGGAGCUGGUGUGUGCUGCUGAGGGCAGGCCCCAGCCCCACAUCUCCUGGACGGCCAACGGGCAGCCCAUCACCGAUGGCGUGUCGGGGCACAGCGGCCGGAGUACCCUGCGGCGGGAGGCAGCCACCCACGCCGACAGUGGGACCUACAUCUGCCAGGCGGAGAACAGUGCUGGUGCCGUCAGGGCCACCACCUUUGUUUCCAUCAGAGAGGCACCCAUCAUAUGGGGGGAACCCAGCACCUACCAGGUGGAGCCCGCCGGGGGCAAUGCCCUGCUCGACUGCGAUGCCCAGGGCCACCCCACACCCCUUGUCCGCUGGAGCAAGGAUGGGGUGCCGGUGGUGGCUGGCAGGCACCUGCGCCAGCUGCAGAAUGGCUCCCUGGUCAUCCAUGCCGUGGGGAGUGCUGACGCAGGGCACUACCAGUGCGUGGCAGAGAAUGAUGUGGGCACGACGGCGAAGGUUGUCACCCUGGCUCUGCAGAGUGCCCCUGCGGUGGCGGUGACGCCACGAGCGGUGGCGGUGCGUGCUGGGCAGCAGGUGCUGCUGCACUGUGCCGUGCUGGGGGAGCCCACCCCCUCCGUGGAGUGGCGGCGGGAUGGGGAGCCACUGCCCGAGGGUCCCCGGGCCCGCAUCCUGCCCAACACCACGCUGCUCCUGCCCGCCGUCAGCCACCGUGAUGCUGGCCGCUACUCCUGUCUUGCCCGCAACGCCCUGGGGUCUGCUGCUGCCCACGUCUCCCUGUCCGUCCAAGAGGAACCACACCGGGUGCGGGGCAGCCUCAUUGGUGUCAUCAAUGCCCACGAGCUUGAUGUCACCACCCUUGAUGCCAGCGUGCUGGAUGACCCACACUCCGGCACCGCUGUUGUCCGGAGCAGCAUCGGCAGCAUCCCACCCACUGUCGGGCCGCUGAUGCGGAUGCUGGUCACCAUCAUCGCCCCUGUUUACUGGUCCUUGGCACAUGCUGGCGGAGAGGCGCAAAGCGGGUUCCUGCUCACCCAGGGCACCUUCCAGCAGGAGUCACAGCUGGAAUUUCCUACAGGGGAGCUCCUGCGCGUCACCCACCUUGCCCGGGGCGUGGAUGCCACCGGGGCUCUGCUGCUGGACAGCGUGAUCAGAGGCUCUGUGCCAGAGAGCAUCGGCGAGGCUGCGGUGCUGCUGCAGGACUUCAGCGAGCGCUAUGUGCAGAUGGGCGCGGGGCAGCUCUCGGGGGACUCAGUGCAGAGCUUCCUGCGGGAUGGGCGCAUCAUCCGUGUCCGCUGCAAUCACACCAUCGUGUACGACCCCCCCGUGGGCCUUCAGCCCCCACGGGUGCAGCACGUCCGGGCCAGCGCUGUCGAAGGCUCAUUUGACCCAGCCUCGGAGGAGCUCCGCUUCCAGCUCCGUGCCUCGCUUGAUGCGGGGGCCGACAGAGACCAGUGCCCACCGGGAUUCAUCCUGGGCCCUCAGCAGCGGUACUGCCUUGACAUUGACGAAUGUGCCAAGGGGUCCCACACCUGCCGCUACAACCAGCUCUGCCAGAAUGCCGCAGGGACGUAUCGCUGCGCCUGCCCUCCCGGCUACCGCUCACUGGGUGCUGGCUGGCCGUGCUUGGAUGUAAAUGAGUGUCUGCAGUCUCCUCCGCCGUGUGCCUUUGAGUGUCGCAACCUGUGGGGCUCCUACGAGUGCGUGUGCCCGCCCGGCAAGCCAGACAGCGAGUGUGGUGCAGCAGGGGCAGAUGGAAGGGGCAUGACAGGCAGCACCCCCAAGAACCUCCCCCUGCGCUGGCUGGGGCCGACCAUCCCACGGAGACAGUCCUUCUACACCCAGCUCGCCCUCCGCCGGGUGGCAAAGUCUGCUGGGCCGGGUGCCCAUGGCCCACCCUGCCCCAUGGGCUUCAUCAAGAGGAAUGGUGCCUGCACGGACCUUGACGAGUGUCAGAUGCUGAACCAGUGCCAGCAUGAGUGCAGGAACAGCCUGGGCAGCUACCACUGCAUCUGCCCCCCCGGCUACCAGCUGCUUCCCAAUGGGAAGACCUGCCAUGACACGGACGAGUGUGUGGAGGGCACGAUCCAGUGCAGCUCAACCCAGAUGUGCUUCAACACCCGUGGAGGUGCCCAGUGCAUCGAUGCGCCCUGCCCAGCUGGGUACCAGAGAGGCUCCAGGCCUGGGGUGUGUGUUGGUCGCUGCGCCCCAGACUGCGGCUCAGCUGGCCCUCCCACGCUGCGCUACCAGCUGCUUACCCUGCCCCUUGGCAUCGCUGCCGGCCGUGACGUGGUGCACCUCGCCCCAGGUGCUGCCCUCCACCACCAGCCCAUCUUCACACUGCUGGAGCGGGAGCCCGAUAGCCCCUUCGCCCUCCGCACUGAGCGGGGCCGCGGCAUCGUCUCCACCCUGCGCCCACUGCGGGACCCUGGCACCCACCGCCUGAAGGUGCAGGCGCUGGCCCCGGGUGGGCGGCGGGCGCCCAGCAUCUUCCUCAUCAUCAUCUCUGUCUCGCCCUACCCCUACUGACACAGCCGAGGGACAGGAGGGGACGCAGGGUCACACCUCCUCCUGUCCCUUGCCACUGCACUGGUGGGGGUACGUGGCUCAGGGAGAGCUGAGCUUGCACCUUUUGUGUCUCCCCUAGACAUCCCCUUGGUUUCCUCUGCCCCUGAGCAGCCCCUGCCCGUGUUGCCUUCACCCAGAGCCAGUCCCUGACUCAGCAGGGCACUGUGGGGGGGACAAGAUGUCCCGCCAACUUCUUGCAAACAGCAGGGUUUUUUUAUUUUGCAAACCUGCAACUCGCACCAGCGCCCCCAAAGCAAACACAACUCUGGCUGACCUUGGCCCCUAUCAGCCCCCAGAAUGGGGGGGAUGAGCCGUGUGACAGUGGCAAGUGAGGGCCCUGCUGGGGUGCAAGGUGGGGUACCCAGGGCUGGGGAGGGCACAGAGCACCCCAGCAUUAACCACAUAUUAUAUUGAAACAGCCUUGUCUUCAAUUAUUUUUUUAAUCUACUUGGUUUCUGUACACACUUAUUUAUUUAUGGUUUUGUUCCAAAUAAAGGUGUUUUGUGGAUAAAUAUCA